AUGUAAUUUGGUUAAAAUACAAAAUAGUUUAUGACUCCUGAAAUGAUGAAAUCAAUGUCUCAAAUGUGUGCAAAUAUGAGUGAUGAUUAAUUAAGAUAGUAUGCUUAAAUGGCAGGAAUGGGAAAUGUAGAUCCAUCAUUUUUGAGGUAAUAAAUGGGUUAAGUAAAAAAUAUGAGAGAUGAGGAUUUAUAGAGAUAAGUUAAUUAAGUAUAUUUAUUUAACAUUCAUCUUAGACUCGUCCUGAAGAUAUAGAAAGAGCAAAAUAAAGAGUUUAAGCAUAAUAAUAAUAAUAGUAAUAAUAAUAGCAAUAGUAAUAAAAACCUUAGAGUGAUCAAUUCCCCAUUAUUAACAAAUUAAAAAAUUAAGGAAAUGAUGCAUUUAAAUCUUAAGAAUAUGAAAAAGCUGCAUCAAAAUAUUAUGAAGCUAUUUCUGAAAUUGAAGAAUUAUGGGAAAAUAAUACUUAUUUAAAAAAUGACACUUAAAAAAAAUAAGAAUUAAAAUUAUUAGAACAUUCUUGUAGAUUAAAUUAUUGCAAUGUUAAAGCAAAACAAUAAUAAUUUGAUGUUGUUUUACGUUAAGCUAAAAAAGUAUUAGAAGAUGAUGAUUAAAAUGGAAAAGCUAAUUUUAGAAUGGGUUAAGCACUCUUUGAAACAAAAAGAUAUUAAGAAGCAUUAGGAUAUUUAGAAAUAGCAACUAAAAAAUUACCAAAUGAUGAUACAGUUCUAUUAAUGUAUAAAUAAACUAAAGAAUAAUUGAAUAAUAUAGAUGUUUAAUUACCAUAAAAUUAAUAAAAUGAAACAAAUUCUUAAGAAUAGGAAUAGAAAAUUGAAUAAACAUAAAAUGUAUAAUAAGAAGAAAAACUUAAUUAAAAUGAAUAGGUCUAAUAAUAGGUCCCAUAGGUCUAAUAAAAUUAAAAAGAUAAUUAAGAAAAUUAAGAAAAAUAGGAUUAAGAAAAUGAAUAAAAAAAACCAAAAAUUAAAUUAACUUCGGUUGAUACAAGUAGUGAAGAAUUUUAAAAUUUCAAAUAAAAAAUGUAAUCUAAUAAAGAAGAUGGUAUAAUAGUAGAUGAAAACAUAUCAAAUUCUAAAGAUUUAACUAAUAAGUCUGCUCCUAAAAAAACAGAAACAUAGAAUUCUAAUAAAAUUACAGAAGAUUCAUAAUUUCAAUAAUAAUUUGAUUAAUUUAAAAAUAUGGUAAUAAUUAUUAGAUGUAUUAAUUAUAGUCUCCUGAAUAGUUAAAUUAUAUGACAAAUACUUUGAAAACAAUGGAUAAAGGAUUUUUAAAAUAAAUGAUGAAAUAAUAAAGUGGUGUAGAGAUGUCUGACUAAUAAAUAGAAAUGAUGUAAACUAUGAUGACACCUGAAAUGUUGUUAUAGAUGAAAAAUAUAGAUCCAGCAAUUUUAAAAUAAUAAAAAUAAUAAUAAUAAUAAUAAUAAUAGUAAUCUAAUUAAUUCGAUUAAUCUACAUAAUCUAAUUAAUCCAAUUAAUCUGUAUCAUAACAAUAAAAUAAUUCAAAUGGAUCUUAAAAUCCAACAACAGCUACUCAAUAAAUGCCCUAAAAUUUAUCAGGUUUAGCUUAAAAUCCUUAAAUGCUUGAAAUGGUUAUUGACCAAUUAAAAAAUAAUCCAUAAAUGUUAAAAAUGAUGGCUCCAGCAUUUGGUGGCAAUAAUGCAAUUACAUAAUAUAUUGAUUCUGCAAGGUGAAAUUUGAUAUUUUAUAGUUUUAGUCCUGAGUAAUUAUAGAAAGUGGUUGGUAGAUUAGCGAUAUUCUUAAAGUUUAUUCUAAUGGUGUAUAGAGCAUGGUUAAUGGUUAAAAAUUAAUGGAAAUUUAUUUUGGGAUUCCUCUUGGCGUACUUAUAUUUUAAAUUAUUUUGAAUUGU